AUGGUUUCCACUCCUAAUGACGUUGAGAUGCUGGAUGCGGAUUCCGUAGAUGAUGACAAUCUUUCACUCACCUCUACGAUCGCAGAUGAAAACAACUCGGAUGAAGAAUGGACAGCUGAAGGCAUAAUUGCGGAAGGAAGGAUGAAUGGUGUCAAGCACUGGCUCGUUGAAUGGACAGGAUACCCGUUGGCUGAGGCAACAUGGGAGCCGAGGACUCACGUUCAAGGACAGCUCUUACGAACUUGGAGAAAACGAAAGGCAAGACAAGAGCGUGGAGAGGAGGAGAGAUUCGAUCUCAACAUUUGGCGAAACGCGCUGUCGGAGCAGCUCCGUGCAAAGUACGCCCGCCAUGAGAAGCGCAACGAGAAACGGUUGCGCAUGGGGCUGGCACCAACCACAUGGGAACAACCCGUGGAUGAGUUGCUGGAACUGACCCUGGAUUUCUAUCCCGAGUUUGAAACCAGGGAUGAAAGUUCAGGCGAGGAAGACAUGUCGAGCGGAGACGACGAUGAUGACGAUGGCAGUGACGAUGAGAAGGGCCGUAAUCGGGAAAGGCCCAACAACGCCGCAUCGAACAGUCUGCAGGUGAACCCUUUGAGAAUCAACGAGCCUGAUCAUGACAUGGCCAAUAAACAAAGACCUCAAAAACCUUUUGACGAAUCACAAAGGAUACAUCCUCCUGCUUCCACACCUAUCACUGGCAAUGCUCAAACUCCUGGUCCCGAGCCCGCCCCAAACCUCCCCUUAGCCUCUGUUGAAUCCUCACUACCAGAUGCAGCACCAAACCCAACCAAAGAAUUGACGCCAAAGGCGUCAAAGAUACCCCUUACUGCUGCUUCUGCUCCUACCAAACCCAUCCCAAACUCGGUACAUAGUCAACAAGCCCAGAGUAAGAAGAACAACUCAACUUCAAACACCGAAGGUUGGUCAAAUAGUUUAUCCAGAUCUGGUAAUGACAAGCCUACCGGUCUCAAGUCCCGGGGGAAUCGGAUCAUCAACACCAUGGGUGGGGGUGUACCAGUGAAUGUUUUCGCAGGUGGAAGCACUAGAAAAGCGCGUCCGACUCUCCUUGACGCUGCGUCUGACAUUUCCAAGGAGCCUAAGCUUGUCAACCUUCGGCAACAAAGAAUUAUCCAGCAGGGGAGGAGAAAUAAAGAAGACGUUGCCCCUGCACAAAUACCCAAACGACUCAUUUCUCUUGAUCCCAAAGUUCGAGCUGGAGACUUGGAUACCGGCCAGCCCACAAGAUCUUUGGAAAUCCCACCUUUCACAAAGCCCAAAAACUUGAUUGAGGCGUCACAAAACCCCCCAACACUAUCAGCUACAAGCCCUACUUAUAAAGGCCAAGAUAAUGAAACUGCACCUCGACCAAGGACGCUCAAAAGAAAGAAGUCUGUUCGUUUUGAUGAUUCUGUCACUUAUCAGGAACCGACAUAUGUGGAAUCAGAAACUGAGCCCUUCGCCUUCGAAGACUCUCGUAUCUCUCACUUGCCACAGGAAGAUCAGGACAAUAAUAGUCCCCUGGAGGCAGCUGUGUCAAUUUUCAGGCCACCGACACCACCAAGAAAUACCCACGUUGCUAGUCCACAGCCCUGGACCAGUAAAGAAACUCGAAGCGUCACGAAACGGUGCAUGUUUGGACCAAAAUCCAUCAAGCAUAUUGACAUCAUUUUCAAAAACAUUCCAGAACAGACUUCGCAUCCUUGGCUCUCUGAGUUCAUGCACUGUGCUCAAAUAGUUUUUGGCCAAGUGUGUAUUGCACCGGACUUUAGCUCUCAGAGUCAAAAUCUUCGUCAGGGGCAGAACUUGGCAUCCGGCAGUUUGUUGUGUCCUACCGGCCAUAGCGAAUUUGAGAAUCUCGCAAAACGCCUCAAUAUGGCUUCAAAAGGAGUAAUGUGUUACUCAGAGAGAUACUGCAUUCUUAUUUACCCCGCCAUGUGCACAGAUUGGGACUUUGAACUUGUUCCCAGUCACAAUGCAGGCAAUUUACUGAAGUUUAUCAUUUUUGAACCUACACCCCUCAUGCACAAGGACUCAUUUGCAAAGAAGACUUCUCAGGAGUCACAGACACUUCCUCGGGGUGUGAGUCAUUUCCUACAGCUUGAUUCCAACAGAUUAGUCCCCCAGCUACGUUUGAACCAAAGCGUACAGUCUCAUAAUGUUUUCAUCGCCUUUCCGACACCGAGCAGGGUACAAGAAGCCAGGUUUAUCUCCACCUGGCUCAGAGUUUCGACAAAGAUUGAUCUGCACGUAUACUCAGCAUCCAUUCCGGGAGAUUGGACCAGAUUUCGUGGGACAGGAACCGGCACUAUUAUCAUCCAUGAGGAUGUGAUAUCGAAGAUACGCCUUUUCCCAGAAAUAGCGGAGAUGAUGCGAGAAAGCGGACGCAACGGAAACUAUGCAGUUUUUAUAUUUCAGCAAGCUUUGGCACAGUUUUGCAGAUUCCCGUCUUCGGUGCAGAAAUCGCAAGUGGGGGAUAUCAUACUCUAUAGGAUUCUCCCUUCACACAAAGUACUGAUGAUGACGCCAAGCUUCAUAUUAUCCCAACCCCAACAGGCCUACGAUUUUGUCAGAUGGUUCAAGAAUGAUCUACUUACCACUGGAACAUCCUAUAGAUCCAAGCUUGCGGUUUGUUCUGAUGUCAAUGACUGGGUUCGGCAGCUGGCUACUGGAGAAGCAGUCACUAGACAAUACCGAGUUCGUAGUCAAGAUAUUCAAGCCUGGCUGAAUCUAUGGCAGCAGCUUGAAGACUUGGUGGCAAAAUCGGCGAAGGAAGGCGACACGAAUAACUUUCUUGUAUUUGCCCCUGAGAGUAUUGAUGGGAGUGACGAACAGAGCCUUGUGAAUUGGUUCGGUUCAUGGACCGUCAACUACCUCGAUACGGCGAGCAGAUUCUUCGUACUGGGAUCAAACUGUAACGAAGUAUCCCGAAUGACGAGGAAAAUGAAAAUUUUGGAAUAUGCGGACGACGCGGACGAGGAUCAGCCCGGUGUGGCUCGCGAGGCGGCUCUCGAUGCGGCAAGCCAAUUCCUCGAUGUGACAAUCUCCCAGACACCAUCCGUCAGCAACCCUCAAGGGGUUAUAAGUGCCCCGACAGGCCCCAAGGGAGCUCUUCAACUCAUUGAAAAUGACAGUGCAUCUGCCAUCAGAUCUCAUCUCCAAAUGCUAAAUCAACGAUGUUAUUCGUUGGCACUGAUUUACAAUCGCCCCGUCGCCUACUGGCAUACGGACAUGCCCUGGCACUUUGGGGAUAUAAGCUCGGAAUUUGCUCCCUAUUCCUAUUGGUUUUCGUUCUUCAAUACUCUCAAUAUUGACACUAAAGCGAAGAACACAUACAUAGGUUUCUUCUAUACAGUUACCAAUACAUGGAAAUCAGACGAAGCAGUUGCAGAUCGAACCCCUAUACGAGAUCCAGCACGACGUCCAUGGAUAGCGAUUUUCCGUCCCAGGGAGCCCCAUAAGCGGCCCUGGAGAUCAACAGAAUUGUUAAUAUGGGACCCAGGAUACAGCAAAAAAUUCCUUAAUAGGCCGCGAAUCUACGAACGCGACCUCAUCGAGGCUCAACAAGAAUUGAUAAAGCUCGUCGCUCAGGAGAACCGGAUAAAGAACCCGAGUCUACCGUUCGACAAAGUAUGGCUGGCCGGCCGAGAUAGGAGCUUCCAGUCAGAAUAUAGCCAUCCUCUAGAUAUGUGCCUGGACACACUAGAGGCUUUCGGAAAUGAGUUGAGAACAUGGCUUCCUUCGCCCAAGGAGAAAAUGCCCGGUAGAGGAUGGCGGUGUGUCGAGGAGAACGCUGGGCCGGUUGAAGAGAAACAGCCUUCAACAAUCGACGAGGAGAGGGAUGAGUCCGACCAGAAACUGAACAUCAUCUUUCACCCUCCACCAGGACGCCAACUGGACCGACCAAGCCAAUGCGAAAACCUUCUCUACAGGGAGGUGAUGCGAGCUGCCUCUCAACCAUCAUCCGACGGCAACUUCACGUACAGAUUCCCUCCAACACACGAGUGGUACUCCCGCCAACAGGAAGAAGACAGGGGCUUCUCUCACAUAUAUGUCGAAUCUUGGAAGAAGAUAUUUUCUAUGCUGCAGAUCAAAGAAGGCAUUUAA